UUGCGAGGUGGAGAGGGCUCUCGCCAGCUCUGACUGCUGCUGAAUCCGGAUCCUGCUCCUCCUCCUAGAGGAGGUCGGCCCCCUGGCUUGCCUCCUCGCUCACCCGCUCCUCGACCCCGACUCCAGCGACUCCCACCCCGGUAAGGCCUGCCUCGAAAGCGGAAACGGUCCAAAGCGAUGUGGCUCCGCUCCCAGAAAGACGGCCGGGUGCUGCUUUCGGACAGCGAGCUCGAAGGCAUCCGCACGGAGGGCGGGUGAGACCGGAACGGCUCUUUGGGUCGGUAGAUGCUGUGUCCCCUGAGGUGUCCCCGCUCCGACGCGUGCCGCGAGCGUGAGAAAUUCCUCAGCUGCUGCUGAGAAGAGGACGACGAGGAGGAGGAGCCACCUCCUCCACCGGAUCCACCACCCCGGAUCGGGUGAGGAGGCCUUCGCCGCGGAUACGGUAACAGCCCGCCGCCACUGCUGCUACUGCUACUCCGGCUACGGAUCUGGCUGUUAUUAUCGUCAUCGCUGAUUUCCCCAUCUUCUAACUCUCCUUCUUCCUUGGGCGAGAGGCCGCUGGAGGCCGGGGCCGAAGUAUCUACAGUCGCCAUCCGGGGAGCGGCGCCUUCCACCCAACCUGAGCCCUCGGUCCGGGGAUCCGCCCGACAAUUGCCUUUCCACGCCUCCCUUCUUUCCUAACGGACCCGGUCGGUGCGGCGUUACCCUACUUGGACACCUCACAAGCUCGGCUCCUCAACUUCCCCGCACCCCAGCUCUCUUUUGCCGGACCGUAACAACCCAGUUUCCUUUCCUACCGCCCCCUUGCUCCUCCGCGAUCCAGACUCUUCCGCCUCGCGAGAAAGGGGCUCUGGAAGUGGGUGCCCGCGACGUCACUUCCUAUAGCACGCCGGAAACAAGGUUUCCAGUUCGCGCGAUAAUGAUCAAGACAACAGCAUGCUUAUUGGGACUCGUAGUCUUUCUUGUGUCUCCCCUCGGUUUCGUCUUUCCAAUCCGCGGCUCACAACUACCCCAGAUUGGAUUGGGACAGUUGGAGUGCGUGCUGGGCUGGGCGGACCUGUUCUUAGUUGCGGCCUCUGGGGAAUUUUUAUAGUAAUCGAAGGGACUACUUCCUUUUAAUUGCUCAAGGGAUCGCUGCCAAAGGGAUGCGGCACUCCUACUACCUUUUUGUCUGGGGCGGGUUGUGGCCGCCAUGUUGGUGAAGGCAAACGUAGGCGACUGGAGCUCCAGGACGGUUGACAACACUGGCUCAAGCCUGCCAUCUUAAUAAAGAGAAGGGAAGGCUCUCCCCCUCCCCACCACUCCACACACACCCUUUCUCCCCAACUCAGCUCCCACGACUCAGCAGGGGAAAGGCCCACUGCCACGUUUGCCUACCGUCUGCACGCAGAAAACACAGCAGUCAGCGCCUCAGAAACAGGCCUAAGACAACCGCCGAAUGAGGGGGAAAGGGAAAUGCCGACCAAUUGCGCCGCGGCGGGCUGUGCUGCCACCUACAACAAGCACAUUAACAUCAGCUUCCACAGGUUUCCUUUGGAUCCUAAAAGAAGAAAAGAAUGGGUUCGUCUGGUUAGACGCAAAAAUUUUGUACCAGGAAAACACACUUUUCUUUGUUCAAAACACUUUGAAGCCUCCUGUUUUGACCUAACAGGACAAACUCGACGACUUAAAAUGGAUGCUGUUCCAACCAUUUUUGAUUUUUGUACCCAUAUAAAAUCCAUGAAACUCAAGUCAAGAAGUCUUCUGAAGAAAAACAACAGUUGUACUCCAGCAGGACCAUCUAAUUUAAAAUCAAAUAUUAGUAGUCAGCAAGUACUGCUUGAACACAGUUAUGCCUUCAGGAACCCUAUGGAGGCAAAAAAGAGGAUAGUUAAACUGGAAAAAGAAAUAGCCAGCUUAAGAAGAAAAAUGAAAACUUGCCUACAGAAAGAACGCAGAGCAACUAGAAGAUGGAUCAAAGCCACAUGCUUGGUGAAGAAUUUAGAAGCAAAUAACAUUUUACCUAGGGGCACAUCAGAACACAUUUUACCAACUGCCUUAAGCAAUCAUCCUUUGGAAGAUUUUAAGAUUCUUGAACAAGAUCAACAAGAUAAAAAAUUACCAAUUCUCUAACGUCUGAAAUAGACCAAGAGUACCUUCAGUUAAGAUUAGCUUACACAGAACUUGACACCCAUCCUUAAUUCUUCUCAGAAGUAAAGAUAUUUAAAUUAUGCCAAUAUUGGGUAUUUAGUAAAGUUUUAUUGACAUAACAAUAUUGCUGUAUACAUUAUGAAGACUUGAUUAUAAAAAAUGAAAAACUUUUUAUGAAACUUCUAUUUGAAAACAAAUGAAAGUGCCUUAUAUGAGAAUUACUUAAAAAUUCUGCUAGGAAAAUUCUGUGUUGGCAAGCUGUUUUGUGUUUGUGUUUUUAAACUUAUUUUAAAGAAACAAUCUAUGACAAUAACGUAUUUAAUUUGUAUUAGAAAAAGAAUUUUUUUCCUUUUCCCAAAGUUGGAAUAUUACGUUCUAAGUAAGAUGCUAAGUAGUAGUUAGCCAACAUUAAAUAUGACCUUAGAAAACUGCUGGGUUUGGUAUUAACUAAUUUAUCAUGGGCACUGUGAUCUAAAGAAUUUAUAGAAAAAAACCUGAGGUACGGGGCAAGUUGUUUUUUGUUUUUUUUUUUAAACUUUGUGUCUUUUUACCAGUAAAAUUGAGGUAAUCAUGACUUCUCUUAUAAGACUAUUAGAUUUAAAAUAGAUAGUGAAAUUAUUCUGAAAAUAAUAAUUUUCAAUGUGAAGUAUCUUUGAGUCAUCCACACUAGGUAAGGCCUCAAGUACCUCAGGAUUUGUAAAAACUGUUAGCUGAUUAUAUUCACCUUCUAAGAAAAUGUGUUAUGAAAUAAUGCAAAGUUCUGGAUCCAGCUUUUACCUUAAUUAAGCUAAUAGAUAAAUGUACACUACUCUAUUGCAUUUCCAAUUUCAAAAUUGUUGUACUAAUAAGCAGACAUGCUACAAAGUUCCAUGGCGGCAUACCCUCUCUGCGCUAUGUGGAUACCAAAUUCUUAAGCUUUUUUUUUUUUUCCUUUCUUUUUAACUACUUUUUAAAACAUUCUGAACCUCAAAAAUAUCACACCAAUAUAGUGGGUGUUUUUUCCAUAAACUCAAAAGAAUAAUUUAAUGACAGAAAAGUACCAUAUUCUAUUUGCAUAAUUCAUAACUUAAAACAGAAUCAAUUUAUCUUACACAUCAGCUUGCUUUUUAUCUCCUUUUUUUUAAAAGUGAAAGUCAAAUAUAGCAACUGUAGUACAUAAGGGAAAUAAAGUGUAGUUCUUUAUCAAAGUACAUGUAUGAACCUAAUAAAGCUAUGCAAGUGUUAACUAAUUAUUUUAUAAAAUAGAAGUAUCGGAACUAUUCUUAUGAUUGCCACUGAAAAAAUUAAAGGGUUUGCCUUAUUUCACCAAAUGUUUAUUUAGAACCCUUUCCUUCUAACAGCUUUGAUCAAACCAUGUAAAAAUUCAUUAAUAUACAAUCAAGUUACUUAAUCCUAAUUCAAGCUUCUGAUAAUACCAUAUGAAGGUAGCAUACACCUAAUCAUAAAUUGCUGUAAAUCUUUCCCAUAUGAUAAUGCCUACUUUAUAAAGGAAAAACACAACUUUUUUCGAUGUUUUUUUUUCUUUAUUGAUGACAUUUGCUUGGACUCUACGAAGUCUUUUUACAGUAUUCUCACCCUUUCUUUUAAUAUGGAAUGCCUCAACUAGAUUUUACAAAUCCAAAGGUAGGAAAAGUUUGUUGUCGUUCUCAUUGGGCACUUAGAACAAAUAUUUAUGAAAAUUCUUUUGUGUAUGUUGUAAACCUUGUAAGUCAUUUUAUUUUUAUGUUAAUAGUGGAUGUAACUCCUUGGAAUAAUCACUAUGUGCUUUCUUCUAAUAUAGUUUCAAAUAUCUUUUCAACAGUUUAUAAUCAUCAGCAAACAUUUACUGCCUACAUCUCCUUUGUAUCUCAAAAUAAGUUGGGCAAAUAAUCAUUUAAGUAUAAAACUAUGUAUUCUGAGUAUAGACAUGUAUGUGGUUCACCCCUUCAAAUACAAAACACUAAACACUAAUUAAUACAGGCCAAUUCCCAUCUACGGUAAUAUUUUGAUAUCCUAACAUGACAUUUUAAUAAUCACAAAAAUAAAAGAUUAUAAAAGUUCAGUAAGCUUUUGGAAAAGUUACUUAGUUUUCAUUCAUUAUUAUUUGACACCAUUGAAUAAAUGACCAUUUAAUAAUUUAAAAGUAAAUUUUCUUUUGUGUUUUCUCCUUGUCAUUUUCAUGUUACUGACCUAAUAACAUGCUGCAAACCCUGCCUGCAUCGAAUUGUUUUAACAUAUAUCUGCCUACCUUAAAAGUAGUUUCAUUCAUUGAGAAAACCUGAAAGGAAUCUUUUAAAAUCCUGUUUUCAGUUUGUUGGUAGAUUUCUUAUCACUUUGAGCAUAUACUAUAAAACUAAUUAAAAUUAUAAGAGCCCAUUGUCCACUGCUAGACAAAAACACAGAUCCUCUGUUCAUCCAUUCUAUAUCUACUAGACAAUGACCUCUCCAAAGAACCAGCUAAAGGCUAGGAACUUGAUAUAAAUGUGAAUACCACCUGAUUUUCUGUCCUCAAAUUGCUCAGUCUCCUGAGAGAAACAGAAAUAUUAUUUAUAAUAUAUGUUAAAUACCGUAAAAGAAAUACGUGUAAGGUGCUUUGCUAAAUGGAAUUUAAUAAAAACAUAUACAUUUUAGACCUUUGUAUUAUCAGAUACUUUUCUUUUGAAACAAAACAUUUCUUCUUGCAGUGACUUACAAAAGAGGUAGAGGAACGUUGGUGUUUACCGAAAACUACAGUGUUAUUUUUAAUGAAUUGUGAGACAUUUUUACCCUUUAAAACAAACAUUAAAGAAAUUUGUGGUUAAUGGUAUCUUUGUUAAGAGGAAAAACGUAACUAUAAAUGAAACAUUACAUCAAAGUAGUGGAGUUUAUUUGAAAUUUGAUAUUUUGUGCAAAAGAAGAAACCCUGUUAACACAGACUUUUAAAAUAAUUUAAUGUAGUCUUAAAGUUAACAAAGCACUUUGGCAUGUGUUCAUCCUCUCACUUGUUCCUUACAAACAUUAUGUGCAGUAGGUGGUAUCUGAUUUACAGAUGAAAUCUUUGCUAACGUAAUUUAUUUAUUCAUUUAGACAUUACUAUGUGCCAAAUGGUAUAAGGAUAGAAAUGACAGAAAUCUGGCAUUAUAACCCUCUGUUUAGCAUAUGAAUCAUGUUAUUAAAACAGGACAAAUCAUGUGUCUGAGAAUUAAAAUAUAUAUAUAUAUAUAUAGCAAAGACUCUGUGAGUUAAUUGUUGAUGUUUUCUAGAUAGAAUUUAUAAUGGUGUUUUAUCUCAUUUCUCAAUCCUAGAAUACGGGUAUAUUUUAAUUUUGGUAUAAUAUAGGAAAUGGUUCGUUUUUAUGUCAGAAUGUGGGAUUCUUUUGAUAUUUGGACAGUUGCAAAUUUUCUAAAACUAAUACUUUUGUAAUGUGUAUUAAACAAUUGUAUAUUGUGCUUACAAAAAUGUAUUCUGAGUAUGAUGAUAUUAAAAGUUUUUUCCAAGGAAAUUAUUGUAGUGCCUAUUAUUUCCAAAAAUGUACAUAAACAUUUCUGUGGAAGUCCUUCUAAAUUGACCCCCUAAAAGACUUCAGUGGAAGUCCUCCAUAAA